AGGCGUAGGAUUGGCGGGAGCGGAGGAUUAGGGGCCGGAAGUAGAUUGACGUAGCCCGGAAGGAAAAUUCUUCCCAGGCUGUAGUGUUGAUGUUUUCAAGCAGCGGCUGCUUCUGGGGCGAGGAGGGCGAAUCGUCGGCGGAAAGAUGGUGUGCGAAAAAUGUGAAAAGAAACUUGGCACUGUUAUCACUCCGGAUACGUGGAAGGAUGGUGCAAGAAAUACCACAGAAAGUGGUGGAAGAAAGCUGAAUGAAAAUAAAGCUUUGACUUCAAAAAAAGCAAGGUUUGAUCCUUAUGGAAAGAAUAAAUUCUCCACUUGCAGAAUUUGUAAAAGUUCUGUGCACCAACCAGGUUCUCAUUACUGCCAGGGCUGUGCCUACAAAAAGGGCAUCUGUGCCAUGUGUGGAAAAAAGGUUUUGGAUACCAAAAACUACAAGCAAACGUCUGUCUAGCUAUAUUGAUGAGGAUUCUGGUUUUCUCUGUAAUUUUGCUUUCUCAUUUGAAUUUUCAAGGGAUGACAUAGAUGUUCAACUUAUAAAAUAACAUGUUUUAAGAGAAGUAAUUUACACUGAGAAUGUUGAUUGAUAUUCAGUCUUUAACUCUCAAAAAGUUCUGAACAGCAGCCUAAGUGCUUAUUUCCCUCGGGAACAUUGUUUUGAACUAGAAUCAGUGGCAAAGUUAAUGUUAACAGACCUCCCGGUUCUGUGUGCACUGUUUAUUUAACAUUAUUCAUGUAAUUCUUAUCCCUUCCCUCUAUUCAUAGAUGUUGCAAAACUGGAGCUGGAGCUUAAUUCUUCACUCUGAACUUGACAUCUAGACUUUUAUCUCUUUCCUCAUUCCCUUAUUGUAUAGUUCUUGAAGUCAGCAGCCAUUUAAUUAAUUGCAGUUUCAUAGAAUAUUUAAAUGCUUGAGGCCAUUUAUUUCUGCGUGCUUCCUUAGUAAUUUAGUUCUGAACCACAUCAGACAAGUUGGAUGUGGGGCUUUUUCAAAAAUUUGUUCUUAAAGCCAGAGUUCCAGCACCUUCUGUACAUGAACAAGAAAAGGAACACCCGUAUGUCCCUCUGAAUAUGCACAUACUAGAUUUCAGAAAAACACUGGAGACCUUGAACUCAAGUUGUCAUGAGAGCCAGGAGAGGAGAGCAGUGUUCGUCCAUGUUGACAUGUGAUGAAAAUGAAUUCCCACUCCUAGGGAAAGUUCUUUGAAGCAAAAACAAACUUAUUUUUUUUAUAUCUAUAUAUCUCCCUUCCCCCUUCCCCAAAGAAAUAAAUAGAACAAAGCAAA